UAUAGACAAGAUGUGUAAACACGGCCUUACAUCUCGUUCAUAUCCUGCCUAUACUCGCUGUCAUGAGCAGAGAAUGGUGACAUUAUGAGUAGCUGUCAGCUAAGCUGUAGUUACCUAACUAGAUGAAAUGUUUGAAAAGUCAUCAGACAUGAUCUUAUUUUGUGGUGAUCUACUUUGUGCUGAGUUUUCAUCGAUGAUAACUUGAUAGUCAAACGUCCUAUACGAUAGUAGUAUAGUAAAUGAGGAUGCGACGGUGCCGGAGCUCCUCCCCACGACCCCCCCUCUACAGCCCCAAACGAUGCCGGAAGUGCAAAUGCCGGUGCAUCUGCUCACCUAGCUACGACCCGUGCUGUCGCCGGACCCGACGAGUCAGAUCUUCCAGCCCGACCCGCAGGACCCGCCCAUCUCUGUCUCCGGCGUGCUGUGACCCCUGCUCGCCAUGCGACCCCUGUGACCCGUGCGACCCGUGCGACCCGUGCUACCGAUGCCCACGCCGCAAGUUCAGCCCGUGUUUCUCUAAAAAGUACUCCUCUCUCUUCUGCGACUCGCUGGAAGGACUGGUCAAGAAAUCUUGCCUGCGGAGCUGCAGCCCGUGCAAGACGUAUGUCCGCAGGUCCCCACCCUCCAGUUACCCCCGGGUCUGCAAGAACUCAUGCUACCCUUGCUUCCCCAGAAAAAUAGAACCCUGUUUCCCCAGACCCGUCGACCCGUGUAUUCGCAGAUCUUGCAAACCUUGUUUUCCAAAACCAUGCGACCCCUGUUUUCCAAAACCAUGCGACCCCUGUUUUCCAAAACCCUGCGACCCCUGUUUACCCAAAUAUUGCGACCUCUAUUUGCCCAAAAAAACGUGUGACCCCUGUUUAUCCAAAUACUGUGACCCAUGUUUGCCUAAAUACCGCGACCCCUGUUUAUCCAAAUACUGUGACCCCUGUUUUCCCAAAUACCGCGACCCCUGUUUAUCCAAAUACUGUGACCCAUGUUCGCCUAAAUACUGCGACCCCUGUUCGCCUAAAUACCGCAACCCCUGUUUAUCCAAAUACUGUGACCCAUGUUCGCCUAAAAACUGCGAUCCCUGUUCGCCUAAGUACUGCGAUCCUUGUUUGCCAAAAUCCUGUGACCCCUGUUUGCCCAAAUCCUGCGACCCCUGUAUCUCAAGUUCCUCUGACCCCUGCUGCACAAGAGUGAGCUCCUGCCUCCCCCUAGCGCGGUGUGGGGUCUGCCCAGCAGGGAAGUGCCUGUGCUUCAAGAGGCUCAACCGUGACAGCAUCACCUGUCCAAUAAAAGAGCGAACAAUAAAAAAUGGCGUCAUAGAAAGUGCCAGAACCACUCUGACAGAUAUACCAAGUGAAGCGUACGAUUCCACUUCCUCCAAGUAUAGAUCUUGCUGCAAGAGUACCAACGCCUCAGAGAUUACCAAACUUACACUUUCAGCAGACGUGGAGGAGACGGGACCAUCACUCAAUUUUUUGGAAAAGUUCAACAAAUUGAACUGUACUUCAAGAUUCGAACCCCACUUGUGUCCAUGGCAGGCGGACAUCGCAGUGAGUGGCACCGUCCGAGCUCACUGCAACUCGACAGCUGUUGAAAUAAUCAAACGCUUGAGGGGAAAAUUCCAAUCAGAGGGAGAAAGGUAUACAACAGACUCAUGUUGUAAAGAGCCACUGGGAUCUAGUAGAUCUAGUAAAGACCCCCAAAGGAUGAGUCUAGGAGAGCUGGCAGACGGCGGAACUCUGGACUUCUCUAAAAACAACCAGGAUCCCGACCAGGAGGGCCAGGCUCAGCUACAGAAGGGCACUCAGAAGGGCACACAAAAGGGCACACAUAAGGGCAUCAUGUUGAACCGAAACAAGAACGGCUACGUAGAACCGGAGGACGGUGGCAGACACGGUUACAGCCAGGCCGUCAGACACAGAAGGUUCGGGAACGAAUCCACGCUGUGCGCUGACAGAAGGACGCAGCCUCCGUUAUACGAACACGUUAUUCCAAAGAAUGAUUCGGUUAGGGAGAACUUUUCUAAUCACACAAGAAAAAACUAUAAAGAAGUUUACAACGAAAGUAAAAUGUGUGGGGAGAGUUCUAGAACUUCAGAUUACCGUGCCUGUCAACACAACUCCCCUACAUGUCGGAGCCGGGACCGGUUUUACGAGUCGAGGGCGAGCCCGGAGAGGGACGGCACCGGCUCUGAAACCGGAAAUUACCGGACAGCCUCUGAGAGGAGCACGAGCUCACGGUCCCAGCUGGGGGACAACAUGACACGUGACGUGCAGCAGUUCCUGUGCACGCGCAAGAGCAAACGUUUCUAUAGCAACCUGCGUGAGCGGGAGAAAGAAGACCCGCGCGACAUGGAGUCACAUGACCCGCGUGGCCGAGAGUCACAUGACACAGGCGCAUGCGCGCGUUCAUCACACGACACGGAAGAGGCGUUCCCCACUUCCAGACGGCCAUCGAGGACCGGCACCCCCGCCCGUGGCACCCCCGCCCGUGGCACCCCAGCCCGUGGCACCCCCGCUCGUGGCACUUCCUGCGACCCCGAGGGUGACACGAAGAAGUCGUGCUGCCGGACGCCGGAAGUCGGGCUGGAACAUCUGUUUUUUACUCGCAAGAAGGAGCGGGACGGGAACCACGUGACAGACAAGACAGGGACGCUCAGAGGUCAUGAGACAGCCAGACAGCACGUCAAGAAACGGGUGUCUUACGACAGCUCCGACGCCUGA